UUUUUUGGAUUCCGGAUUUGUUCACGUACGGAUACCUGCUGACAACACUGGGGUUUUUGUGUCGCUAGGAUACGUGUAGUGUCGCCGAUGAUUGGACACUUCAUACAGUGCAUACAGUGAAAGCAUCGAUAAAUCAGUAGGAAAGAAUGGCGAUGACAAGUAAUGUUGACUUGUCGAAAGUGGAUAAGAUAGCACAAGAUGCUUAUAAUUUGAGCGAAGCGUACCGAUUCAAGGAACAAGCAAAUGCUCGAUACAGUGCGAAAGAUUAUGCUGCGGCGAUUUAUCUAUACCACCAAUGCUUACUUCGUGCUCGAGCGAUUCAACAACUUUCUCAGUUUGGAUUGCAGAGCUUGGCGCGUAUGGAGUGCAGUGUAGAUGAGUCUCUAUGUGACCAGGAAAAAAGUGGGAGCGCACAAGGAAGUAGUAAAGUUUUUGAUAUAAGUGAUGUUGCUGAUGAAUCAGCAAAUGCCGGGAAAUUUGGCGAAAGGCGUAAAAGAAUCAGUUCAACAAGUCGGGGUGAAGAAAUGAAAACAGAAGCAACUGAUAUCGCACUGAAGUGUUACAGUAAUUUAGCAGCGUGCAUUUUGAAGGGACAGAAUCGUACAGAACCCGAUUUUCUUCGUGCUGUGGAAUACUGCGAUAAGGUUUUGUCAGUGCAACCUUCGAAUGAAAAAGCCUUAUACCGUAAGGGAUUGGCGCUGUCAAAGGUAAACAUGUACGAAAAAGCAAUCGCGGUGCUACAAAAAUGCAGUUACAGUAAUCGCGGAGCACAAAUGGUUAUUGAUGAAUGUCAACAGUUAUUAGCAGAGGAACGACGACGACGAGAUGAUCAAAUUCGGCGUAAUUUUUCACGUGCAUUUGGAGCUAGAGUAAAUGGACAGCAUGUGCUACAGGAAUUUAAUGAUGGUUUUGCGAAUCAGGUAAUAACAAUGAAUGGGAAUGCUAAUGCAAAUUCAUCUACCGAGCACCACCUGAAUCUUCAACAACAAAACUAA